UCUCCUCGCGUCUUCUUUAAACUGUGUGCGCUUCGCCCCGCCCUGGGUCCGCCCUGUCCAAGGCGGGAACUCACAGAAAAAUCCCCCGCCGGGUGCUCCACUCCUGCUCCACUCGCGCUACCCCAGCCUGGUCGCGCAGCUCCUGUAGCCCGAGCACGUGCCACUACUACCUAUCACAAUGGCCAACCGAGGACCUUCCUAUGGCCUGAGUCGAGAAGUGCAGCAGAAGAUUGAGAAGCAGUACGAUGUGGAUCUGGAGCAGAUCCUGAUCCAGUGGAUCACCACUCAGUGCCGUAAGGAUGUGGGCCGGCCCCAGCCUGGGCGAGAGAACUUCCAGAACUGGCUCAAGGACGGCACGGUGCUCUGUGAGCUCAUCAACUCACUGUACCCUGAGGGGCAGGCUCCUGUGAAGAAGAUCCAGGCCUCCACCAUGGCCUUCAGGCAGAUGGAGCAGAUCUCUCAGUUCCUACAGGCGGCCGAGCACUACGGCAUCAACACCACUGAUAUCUUCCAGACUGUGGACCUCUGGGAAGGCAAGAACAUGGCCUGCGUUCAGCGGACACUGAUGAACCUAGGGGGGCUGGCAGUGGCCCGGGAUGAUGGGCUCUUCUCUGGGGACCCCAACUGGUUUCCUAAGAAAUCCAAGGAGAACCCCCGGAACUUCUCUGAUAACCAGCUACAGGAGGGCAAGAAUGUGAUCGGCUUACAGAUGGGCACGAACCGCGGGGCAUCUCAGGCUGGCAUGACAGGCUAUGGGAUGCCACGUCAGAUCCUCUGAUCCCACAGCCCACCCCACCCCUGAAUAUAAUAUAUAGAUAUCUAUUCAGCAGUGACAUUCUCAGAGCCCCAGUUCUCUAACCCCCCCACCCUCCAGCUGGGGUGUUGGCCUGGCCUGGCCUGGCCCAUCCCUCUGGGCAUGCCCACUUCUUCCCUGUGCUAACUGAUACAUUCCUUUUUUUUCAUAUCUUUCCAAACUGGACCAAACUAGCUUACCUUUUCCUCUGGGACCAAAACUUAGGGGGUUCUCCUACUCCCUCCCCCCCAAGUUUCCUUACUUCCUUUGAUCUCUUUCUGAUCCAUUCCUUGUCCUGGGGGCAGGUGUCUGCCCCUUACUGGCCUGCUGUAAUAGUGCCUCCCCACUGUCACAGCCACAGGGAGGUGACAGCCAGGCUGCAUUGCCCUUGACUGGGCUUCUUCUCUUCCACCCACCCCACCCUUUUGGCUGAAGGCUAGAUGAGAGACAAAGGGGCAGGGUGCCUGAAGAAUCUGAGUUGACUGAAAUAAAAGACUGAAUUUGG